CGAGCACAAGCAAAAAUGUGUGGACUAUCUCACUGGUUAUAUUAUCAUGCUUCGUAAAUUUAUGAAGAAGUAUCCUCAUACACCACCAAAGGAGAGUGUCACUGAUGGCUGUGAGGAUGAAGAAAAUACAUUACCAGAUGUUAAUCAGGUUUAUGAAAAGUGGAAAAGUCUAAGUACCAAUGAGGUUAUCCGGGAUGCUAUCCUGAAUAAUCAGAUUCCCCGAGCUCAGGGAUAUUUCCGAGCCCAACAAAAACCUACGAAGAAUCUGAGUGAACUCAUGCAAGCUGGUUUAACUCUGACUUAUGAUUGUCUCUUAAAAAAAGAUCUGCAGGAGGCUAAAAAACUUCUGAGGAACAUGGGAUUUGCUGUGAAGAAAGAGCUACAUCGUAUCUGCUGCUUCACAGCUGAUCGAGAGCUUCGCGAUUUCCUGGUGGAAAGCCUCCAGGAUUAUUUAUCUGAUGAAGAGAAAGAGAUGGUAAAAUUUGUUCACUUUGUAGAGAAUCUAUAUUCCUCCUCCGCACACGCUGUGGAAUCUCCUUUAUCUAGCAGCUUAUUACAGGUUGAAGAUUUUGAUCCCAGAUAUUCUGUUGUUCUGGAGCAAGUCAUGAGCUGUGAAGUUGGGAUCACUGAGCAAAGAAACCCAAAUUCUUUUAUGGUCAUACUGGAUUGGGCCAAAUGGUGGGAUAACAUUGCAAAGGAGCGAAUUUGUUUAUCCACAGAAUCAGAUAUAGCAAUUCAGUCCUGCAGUCCUGAGGUACUGUGGACCUACCUCACUUCUAGACAUAAUUGGGCCAAAAUUUCUAACUGGAUUGAAAUCUUCCAGAGUGGUGAGCAUUCUACAACCUGGCCAACUCUAACAGCCGAGAUUGUGAAUCAGAACACGUAUUGCAGCAGCUACAUGAGAAAUGAAAUAUUGGACAAAUUAGCAAGAGAAAGGAUAUUCAUCCCUUCUGAACUUGCAGACUUUGGACAGCUCUUGGCAAGGCUCAGUGGUACAGGGGGAGUGAUGCAAGAUCCUCACCUGGUUCCAGUGUAUCAGUCCGGUGAAGGACUCGAUUUCCAUAGCUGUUUCAUUCUCUACUGCCUCAAGCAUGAGCUGCGCUAUCUCCUGUACACUUAUUUGGAUUAUUAUGGGUUGAGGCCCUCUAACUGCCCUCUCCUCGAAGAUGGAGCUCUCCACGUGGCCCAUCCUUGGUUCGAGUUUCUAAUGAGAAUAAGAGAGGUUGCUGACAAUCCAGCAGAUAAAUCAAUGGCAUUCCAAGCAAGUCUGGCAAAUGCCCAAAUGCUGAUUCCCAGUAAUCAAGGUAGUGUCAGCAGCAUGCUCCUGGAAGGGCAUACUCUGAUGGCUUUAGCCACCAUUAUGUUUGCCCCAGGAGGAAUUGAUCAGGUGAUGCAGAAAAAGGAAGAUGUUGGUGAUUCUCUCUGGAAGGUAGACCCCCAGUUAUUGAAAAUGGCACUCGCUCCUUAUCCCAAGCUGCGUGCUGCUCUGUUUCCACAGAUCACACCUCAUGGCAUUCCACCACCAGACAUCUCUCUCUACCAUCUUUUGCAGUCACUACAUCCCUUUGACCCAUCCCGGCUCUUCGGUUGGCAGUCUGCCAACUUGCUCUCUACUUGUGACUUUUCAAAUGAUUUACCUCACUUCUCUUGCCCUGAUUUGGUGAACAAAUAUGCCAUAACAGAAAGACUAGAUUUUUCCUAUUACCUGCAACAUGGGCGUCCAUCGUAUGCUUUUGCAACUUUUCUUGUUCAGCAGCUGGUGAAGAGCAGUUCACCCAAGCAGUUGAUUCAGCGAGUGAGCACUGAAGCAUACAAUCUUGGAUUAGCCCACUUCACUGUACCCGCUGUUGCUGCAGCAUGUAUUGCCUUUCUUGAGUUACUUGGUGUUGGCAGCUUUAAACUCAGAAUUGACCUUAAAGUGGCAAAUGUAAUUUUGAAACAUUGGUGCACAAACACUGAAGAGUCUCAACAUAGCUCCUUACAACAUACUUUAGCUGAAAAACUUCAGAACCUGCUUGAAGGGAAUAGAUCAGCAGAAGAAUUAUUAACACAUCUGGAGAAUGCCACUUGGGAGAUCAUACAAAGAAAAAAUAUAAAGAGGGUAUCUUUUGAAGCUGGUCAGGAGUGGUCACUGAUGGCCCAAUUCUGCAGGCUUCAUGGCAUCACCCUCAGCAUGGCCUACCUUCAGGCCUGUGCACAAGAGGAUGAAUGGCUACAAUUUGUGGUCUUUGCUCAACUUCACAACUACCAGCCAGAAGAGGUGAAGUCAUUGCUAAAAGACUUCAGUCCCAUUCUUCAGGACCACCUGACACUAGCCUUUCAGAAUUUGCAGUUUGUUUCACAAGAGAAAGCACCAAGUUGCACUGUGGUGAAGAAGGAACCUGACAAAGAGAGCGAACCCAUAAAGGAUCUCUUUGAAGUUCUCUAUAAGUGCCAGGAGAGCACGAAUCCUUGGCGUUAUCUUUUGAGUGAAGCAGUGCGACAAAAUGCGCCAGUGUUGGGUGUCCUGGCUGCAUGUUUCCAGGAAGCUGAUGUUCUUCAGUGUCUUUGCGUUUGGGUUGUAAUGUCCUCGGAUGAUGUGACUGUCUCUGAAAUUACAAAACAUAUCGAUGAUUCGGUGGAGUACCAUGAGUGGAAUCUCCACGAUCUGUCACUAAUGUGGAAGGUGCUAUUGGGAACAAGAAAAAGUAAACAACUUGUCCGAGGAUUUCAACUUUUUCAGAAGGACUGUCCCUGGGUCUACAUGUUGGAGAUGUAUGAACUUUGCACAGAACACAAAAAUUACCAAGAAGCAAAGCUGAAAAUUCAGGAAUUCCAAAAAUGCCUCCAGUCUGUUGCAGAUUCAGCAGACACUCAAAUUCCAGUGGAGUGGAUGGAGUCACAGGCUAGUCUGCUUCUGAAGCUGAUGAUGCAACAGUGUCCAACACAGUAUGAACUUGGAAAGCUUUUGCAGUUACUGGCAGAUGUGGAAUACACUUUUGUAUCAAGUGGUAAAGACCUUUAUCCAGAUUUCCAAAAACUGAGCAGACUCGCUCAGCUCCUGCAGGAAACAUCAAUUUCUGUUGAUCACUCACUCCUUACUGACUACAGUGUUGAAACUCUACAAUAUGUGUGCGGGAAAAUUUUGAACCAAUUGCAGAAGAAAGGACUCUUUGUUCUCGCGAGGCAGGUGGCAGACCUCGCUGAGCUUCCAGUGGACAAUUUGCUUGUUGAUGAGGUAUCUCAGGAAUUACAAAGUUUGAAGCAACGUGGUCAGUGGCAAAGGAAAGAGACAAGAAUAAAUUUUUGGAAGAAGUGCCAUGAAUGUUUCAAAAAUAGUUUGAUCUCCAGUUUAGUUGCCUCUGAAUUCUUUCUGUGCCAGGCCAAUGAUAAGCCAGCCACUAAAUCACCAUUAUCUUUCAAAGAACAACUCCUGGCCAUUCAGGAAAAGUGCAUGCUGUUGACUAUGGCAGGCCACUGGCUGUCAAACAGCACACCUCCAUUCCUAGAACAGUUGGAGGAGGUGGAGAAGAGGAUUUGGUUGUGCCACAUCAGUCAGCAGACUUUGCUGAUGUCCACAGCUUCGAGAUUUGCUUGGCAGGUUUCGGUCUGUGGCGAACUUACCUUUGAAGAUGCCACCAAAGAGUUCCUAUUCUCAAACCUGCCUGCUCUGAACUCGCCAAAGUACCUCAAAUUGGAAGGAUUUCCAAACAAGGACGUGGCUUCCAACUGUAGACUAGGAGCAGCAGAGCAAGAUGCCCUCAAUAUUUUGGUUGGAAGCUUAUUAGAUGGAGGAUGCAUUCAUGAAGCCAGUAGAGUCUCCAGAUAUUUUGAAUUUUAUAACCAAGACCUAUCACUAGUUCUCCACUGCAGAGCUUUAGCCUCAGGAGAAGCACAAACAACUGAUUUCCACCCUUCGAUCAAGGUCAUCUUGACUACAGGUGCUGCUUUGAAUGGGGAGAUGAGACACCCUCGAAAAAGGAUACCAAGCAUGAGCAAUGUAGCCUCAUCAUUUGUUCAAUGUCCAGAAGACAACCUUGUUAAAGACCAGGUUGUUAAGGAUCUGCAAAUUCUCAUUAAUGAGUGCCGCCAUGGGAAGAGUUAUUGCCAUCAGGUUCUUAGCUUAUACGAGCUCUCAAAGGAACUUGGCUUUUCUUUCAAUGAUAUCUCUACUCAAGAUUCUGACACUGUCCUGCGGGAAGUGUUAUCGUCGCAACAGCCUGACCGUUAUAAAAAGGCCCAGGCAUUUAUUACCACACAAGGACUGAAAGCAGAGGCAGUGGCAGCUCUCAUAGCGGAUGAAGUGGUCCAGGCGUUGCUGUCUUCAACACAAUCCAAAGGACAGGGAAUGACGCAGAUCUAUAAUCCUCGUGAUGGGAAAGAGGCCUUUCUUCAGCUGGCUAAACUGUGCCAAGACCCAAUUCUUGUUGGCACGAAGCUGCUGGAUAAAAUUUCAUCCAUUUCCAACGGGGAACUGGAGUGCACUGUGGAACUACUGAUCCUGGCCCACGACUGCUUCAGCCUGACCUGCCACAUGGAAGGGAUUAGUAGAGUACUACAAGCUGCUCGCCAUCUCAGUCACAAACAUCUGGCUCCCAAUGAAGAGUACAGUCUCAUGGUACGACUAGUCACUGGCAUCGGACGAUACAAUGAUAUGACCUAUAUAUUCGACCUGCUCCAUGAGAAUCAUAGGUUUGAGAUGCUGUUGAGGAAAAACGUUGUGUCGAAUGGAAAUCUGAAGACUGCUCUGCUGGACUACAUCAAACGUUGCCUGCCCGGGGAUAGUGAGAAACACAACAUGGUGGCCUUUUGCUUCAGCAUGUGUCGUGAAAUUGGGGAAAACCACGAGAGUGCAGCCCGGGUGCAGCUGAAGAUCAUAGAAUCACAGCCUUGGGAGGUAACUCCUGAGUUGAAGAAAUCUUUGGUGAAGAUUCUGUCCUUCCUCAAAGAUGCUGCUGAGAGCUAUUCAAAGAACUCGUGUAUCCGCCGUGCCUCUCAAUGUGUGAAACUUGCCAAACUGGUGACUCUCCAGCUCCACUUCGUAAACAACAACCAGAACGUGCAGUUAAUUAAUCUGCAGAGAAACGAGUUGAUGACUUGUAUCCUCUCCUUACCAAGGUUCUAUCAGGCUUCCAUAGUUGCAGAGGCGUACGACUUCAUACCUGAUUGGGCAGAGGUUCUGUACCAGCAUGUGAUUGUCCGUGGUGAUUUUGCCUAUCUAGAGGAGCUUAAGCAACAGCAUCAGCUACAGCACAGCCUGUUUGAAGAAAUUUCUACAAAAUUUAAACAAUAUAAAGGAGAUGCCGGAGCGAGUCAGAACCUGAAGCGGUUGCUGCAGUACUGUGAGGAUGUUUACCUGUUUUACAAAAUGGCUUACGAGCACAAUUUCACAGACAUAGCAAACAAGCUCCUUAAAGAACCCCAGACAGGAUGUUACCUAAAAGAUAGGAUUGCCAGCUAGCUGUUUGUACUCUACAUUUUCAAUGUUGAAGCUCAAUACAUAUAAAAAGUCUGUUCAGAUUGUAAAAAAGUUUGGCUUUUGCAUUGACCAAUAUUCCACUAUUUGUCGGUGGAUGUUUAGUAAGGACCCAGUGUAUAAUAAGUAAAGCUGCUACUUGGAAACAGCAGUUGAGCAAAGUGCAGUACAGGCUGGACUUUGAAUGUUAUUAAAGCCCAAACCAGAACAUGCUACUGGUACCAAAUACAGUGGCUGAAACCAAAAAAGUGAAUAAAAUUGCUGUAGGUUUUCAAACAUUUUCUGUUGCAUGUUCAUUGGUCUGUACCAUCUUAGGGCAUCACAGGACACCUAGAAAAUGGUCAUAACUACCAACUUCCAGCACUUGGCCAUGAUGCAUGGCUUAAGAUUAAUUGCAUGACAGUAAUACAAACUUCACACACUAGCACCACCUCAACUAUACACAUCAAGGCUAAGGGCUGGAUAAUGAAGGCAGGCACAAGGCAUGAUUUCAUGGGGAUUGAACCAUUUGCCAAAAGGAUGUUCAGGAUGCACCAAUUUAAAGUGAUGCAUCAUGAUAGAGCACAGUGGUGAAAAUUGGUAUAUUAAAAAAAAGUCCCUGUUAAAGGGUGGUGCCUAAGCAGUUAAAGGGCAUAUAAUUUGCCAGACUACAAGGAAAGAAGUAGUGAGGUGGGGACCAUAAUGGGAUUGACCUACCUACAGCUGGUACAGACUUGAGUGGCUGAAUGGUCAUGUAACCCUGCUGGCAUCAUUAGCAGUUUGAUAUCAAGCCUUGAAGAAACCAUGUUUCAAUAUACGGGAGUGCCUUGGAUAACCACUUGCCCUCCUAGAGGUAAAUAAUUUGCAGUUAAAACCCCAUAUGUCAAGGCACAACUCCAAUCUGCACAGGAGUGAAACCAAAGAUGGGUAAAAUGAGAACAAAUGUCACAACAAGUACAUCUGCAGCCCUUGUACAGCUCAACCAGGUUUGUUUUACAUUUUCUAAAGGGCACGAAAAACAAUGCAGAAAAUGUUGAUAUAUUCAUUUAUUAUCCCGAAGCAUAGCAAGUGUCCAAUUAUGUUUACAUGUUGAACCUUCCCACCUAAUCAGCAACAGAUGAGAUUAAUGUAAAAAUAAAUUACUCAUCUGUUGUACUGCUCAAUAGACAGUAGGAAAUUGUGUUUUGUAAAAUAAAUUUGGGAAGGGUAGGUGGUCAAUAUAAGAGCUACUCCUAUUAGCUGUUUGUGUUCAAGACUGCAAAAUGCACUAUCACUAAUUAAAAUAACACUAUGGGGAUUUUGAAAAUAACGCAUAAUUUCCCAUACUAAGAAAUUACACUGGGUUGCAAAAGCACCUCAUGAUCAAUGUAAAAUUUAUGUAAAGUGCAGUUACAAUGAAUAAACUGAACAUUUACUGCACUGAUGUCACUUUAUAUGCACUUCCAACCCAUUACAAAGGACUGGCCAGGGUUACAGCGAGUAAGCAGCAUGUGCCUUAACUGUGCAAGAAAGUUAAUCCCACAACUCUACAGAGUGGGACAUGUAAAAAUAAAGGCCACUACUUCCACUGCAGCAUUUUCAUUGAAGUUUCUGCAUUCAGUUCCAUUAGUGCAAGUCGCUGGCUUGAAGAGUAAUUUUUCACUCCCCCUUCAUGAGCAUCUUUGAUUCAAAACCCCUUCACAAGGGUCAACUUCCACCCAAUGCCUUCAACAAAAUCUUUAAAGCCAAAUGCCAGGUCUCUAAUAGGACCAGUUAAAUAGGCAGCAUUGAAACAUUCAAGGCUCAGUAAGUUUCCCCGACUUGCCUAAAGCCAGAGACUUCAAAGUAUAAUCCUGUUUAAAAAAAAAGUGGCAUCAGUCCAGUCUGUCAACCAGGCAGUCAAUCCUCCCAAGCAAGCUAAGCCAGUAAAGUGGUAGUUAGUGCGACCAGAUUCUGCCCCACAACAAUCAUUCAUGAAAUGACAAUACCAAGACCAAUGGCUGAACUCUCCCCAUGGGCCUAACCACAGAAUAAUUUAUCCCUAAAAUAGGGGCUGGAUUUAUACAGCACCUCUCACAACUCAGGAUGUCCCAAGGUGCUUUACAGCCAACGAAGUACUGUGUGGUCACUGUUGUCUUAAUGCAGGAAAUGCGGCAGCCAAUCUGAAAACGGAAAGCUCCCACAAACAGCAACUUGAUAACAAGAUCAUCUGCUCUAAAAUGAUGGAGGGAAGAGCAGAGAGAGUAAAUGAAAAAGAAGUUUUCAGUUUCCCCAAAGGUGUGGCCAUAAAAAUGAGCAUCACAAGGAGGUCACCUGGCUCUUGCCCAUUAACCCAAUUCAGAGAAAGCGUACAACACUGAGGGCAUGUUCUCUUAAGGCAGACCGACCCGGAAACCAAAAAGGCAUAAUGUCAGAAAAUCAGGUUCUCUAAUUAGACUGUUUUAGUUUCUGAGAGGAAAAGCUGGCAAAAUUCGAGAAAUUUUAAAAAUAGUAAUCUGACUCUGCAAUUGUACAGUAUCACAAUAAACGUGAUAGUAUGUCAGCUCAGGUCACAAUAUAGAUGCUGAGUCAUAGACACCGCAAGGCUCCAUUUUUUUUCAAAUAUAUAG